GAGAGCAGGGGAGGAUGGAGGAGAUGUUCACCCCCGAGGGGCCAGGAGGCCCAGAGGAGACAUUGGAGAAGCAGAGGUUGAUGGAGAACAAGGCUGGAAUAUUCCAGAAUUUGAGGUGGUGGUCAGAGCGCCUGCCCCAGGUCCGUCUUCGUCUCGUGCAGCUGCUCAUUUCCAUGGGCCUCUUCCUGCUAUUAGUGACCAUCCUGUCCCAGGUCUCCAGGUUCCAGCAGGCCCUGCAGAGCUGGCCUGGGGCCCGUAAGAAAAGCCAGAGCCCAGCUACUCAGAAGCAGAUCCAGGAGGAACUGGAAGUGAUCAACUACAGGCUUGCUCGGAUGAAUGUCACUCUGGAGAGGCUCUGCCGGCAGUGCCCCUGGGACUGGGAGCUCUUCCAGGGAAGCUGCUACUGGUUCUCCAGGUCCCAGAGCGAUUGGAUGUCUACAGACUCCGCCUGUCAGCACAUGAACGCCCGGCUGGUGGUGGUCAACAGUGUCUCAGAGGAGAAAUUCCUCCAGUCGUGGGAGAUCCGGCAUGAAAAAAGAACUUGGAUCGGCCUCAGCGACCACCAUGAUGAGGCGUCCUGGCGAUGGGUGGACGGGACCCCCCUUCAACUCAGCUUCUGGAAACCAGGAGAACCCAACAACGAUAAUAAUGAGGACUGUGUGGAAUUGUACAAUGAUGGCUGGAACGACGAUAAGUGUCAUAAAGAGAAGGCAUGGAUCUGUGAGAAGCCCAUGGUGUCCUGCACCAAUGUGUGAUGACCAUUGUCCCCCUCGGUCAGGUGCUUCCACCCCGACUGCUGCUUCCUUCUCCUGGAUCUUGGAGAUCCCCAGGGAUCCCGAGACACCUUUGCCCA